CGAUGCUACCCACUGCCUGUUUGUUUGACUCCUCAAAAUAGACAUCUCUGGGAGAGUAUGUUGGAGCAGCAUGUGGUCUCAGAAAGUAUAAAGGGGUACUGGUUCUCCCUCAUGAGGACAUCUCUUCUCGACACCAUCGACAUCGAAAACGACAAGAAUCACUUUCAUACAACCACAGACCAAACCAGAUCAAACAACAUCCAACAUCAAGUCACACCGUUUGCACCCCCUAUUAUCCAUGAUGCUCUUCUCCUUCGCAGUCCUUUCCACCCUCCUCCUCGCUGCCCAGGCUCAAGUGUCCUGGUACGUCCCAUCGCGCAACAUCACCUGCAACGGUGGCGGCAGCGGCCAGAUCACCUGCCAUGAGGGCCACAUCGACGAUGCCCCCGAGGUCCAGCUGAGCCACCCGGAGGAGAAGCGGGACAGCACGCCUGCGGCCGUCCGCGGGCGGACCCCCGAGCCGCUGGAGAAGCGGGUGACGUGCAACAUCGACGGCGUGACGCAGGGCCUGGCGUGCUUCACGCACUGCUUCGGCAUCGGGUACUGCAACUCGCACUGCGACGGCAAUAACAUCUGCCACUGCACCUGCAAGGACGAGACGCCGUGGCUCUUGUCGGCCGCCCUCGUCGUCGUUCUUCUCUGUAGCCAGCCGUUGGCGGCUGCUGACGACAAACACGGCGUGACCUUCUUGUUUCCAACGGAGGGUCAAACAUUCUAUUACCUCGAUACCAUUAACGUGACAUACCUGAGAGACUUCCCUCAUCCACAUCUCUACACCUUCUGCGACGGCGGCAACCGCUUCAUCAGAACCACCCCGUCGGCGCCCUACAACGGCUCCACGCUCGUCCUCCUCAGCUUCACUUCCUCGACACCCUGCUACUUCAACCCCCGGCCCGGAACGGUCGCGGGCCAGGGCGCCAACGGCACUCCCUUCGUCCUCGUCGACGGCCAGCACAGCCAGACCAUCAUCGGCUUGACCGAGCCAUUCACAACAUCAACAGCAACGAACACCUCGUCGGCGUCGCCGAGCAGCAGCAGCAGCAGCGGCGGCCUGAGCGGCGGUGCAGCGGCGGGGAUCGGGGUUGGCGUCGCCCUCGGUGUCAUUGCGCUUGCUGGCGGGAUUGGGUUCUGGGUCUGGCGGAGGAGGAAGGCCCGGAAGGCGGCCGCGGGAGGUUCAUACGCGGGGGUUGAUAUGUCGGGGCCGCAUUUCGGAACAGGGUCCCGCGGAGCUGGAUCAGCAGGGGGUGAAGCCCCCCGGCUCUCAUAGGUUAGGACGACGCCACGAGCUCGGGGAGGCGAACAUGCCACCGGAAAUGCCUGGAUAACUAGUGGGUAGGUUAAUACGGGGUAGCAAUUGGACAGUGCUAAUAAGACCACUAGCGUAGCAGAUUGGGGGAUUUCGAGGACGAAGAGUAUCUCGCUCCUGCGAGAAUAUUAGCAUGGAAUCAACAUCAAAUCUACCUUGCUGGAUA